UCAGUAAAACAACUUUUCAUCUUUGAAUUGCUUGCAUUGUUCCUGUAAGAAAUCAAGCGUUUUGAUUAAAAAUGCAAUGCAACCACCUCCCCUUAAAAUAUGCAAACUCUGUGGGUGAUAUUAUAAUUUCCCCCGCAUUUCAGAGUCACAUUAAAGGUCUAAAGAACGUGUCACGUGCGGCUGGAGAUGGAUGGUGAUUAUAACCACCCUGAAAGCCCGCAUUUAAAACAAGACGAAUGUCUCUGUUGCUAUUCAGCUUCUUUGUGUUCCCGGCGUUCACUGUGACAACUUUCAUCAGGCCGUAAUAUUGAACGUGUCCAUGCAGAACGCCGAUAUUAAUUCUCCUUUUCAGCUGCUGCCAUUUGCAAUAAUUAGCACGGCUGCAGAUAAGUGGACAUAACAGCGUUGAAAAAUGGAUGCUGUCUGACACCCAAUGCCACUCGGUGAUGCUUUGUUAAACUCGAAGGAUGGACCAAGGAGGAAACUGUGAGGAUAGGAAACUAAUAAGUGAGGUGGGCUAUUAUACAUCUCCAUCAUGUUGGUAUAAUCCUUACCAGGAGUGACAAUAUGAGAUAUGAAUUAUGAUGGGAGAUUUUGGAGUGAAAAGUGUGUUCACGCCACCAAAACGAUCCAUCAAACGCAACAACACACUCAACCAGCAAUGUUAACUAAUUGAAACUAACACCGCUACUGAUUUUAGAGGUCGAAUCUCAAGUCGCGUUUCAAGUAUAGACGAGCGAGUCCAAGUCAAAUCAAGUCAAGUGCGAAGCCAUAGGCUUGGAAUUUCCGAGUCCUUACAACUUGUCUCAAAAUAAAAUGCCAUUUUAACAAUGUAACAAUAUUUGUUUUGCUGGAAAUUACUCAACAGGUCAAUUUGAGUCUAAGGUCAUGAAAAUUGUGACUUGAGUCCGCCUGAAGCAUGGAAAUGCAUUGUGUUGUAAAUAAUGUCAUUUCACCAAAUAUAACACACGGACACGGAGUAUAGUUCACCCUCUGAUUUAAAAAACUAAAGCGUAACCCCCUUUGACAUUUUUAACUGCUCUGUCGGUCACUUAGCCGUGACACGGGGGCCAUAUUCAGCCAGGCUUAAAGAGGAAAUAUCAUUUAAAAAGGCCAUGGUUCAUGAGUGUGACUGCCAUUGCAUUAGCCUUGUGGGAAUGGAUGGUUUGCGAUUACAUGAAAGGUUGCUUUGUGUGUGUUUAUGAGUGCUCACACUCUUUAAAACAAAUACAAAAUUAAUUUAUGUUUCCUAAUAAAGACUUUUCGAUAUUUAUUGUAUUGUUAAGGCGCUACAUUGUCACAUUAACUUAUAGAGCGCAGGAAUGUGGAAUGAAUUGUAAUUCAAUUUAGCUAAACGCUUAUUGUUGUCAAAAAGAGCCCCCUGCUGGUCUGAAAAAUUAACCGCAGCGCUUGAUGACGUACUUCCACUUCCGGUGUAAACAAACAUGGCGGUUUGUCUCAACUUAAACGAGUUUUUUUACUUGCUUUUAUGGUUCAGAUAGGAUUUAACGGUGACCACGAUGGUUGACACAAACACGGAACCGAGUUUCGUUCGAUAUUUUUGCACGGCUGGUAACGGAAUGGAGCCAUUUUUAGUCGACGAGGUGACGCAGAAACUAGCUGGUCAAGAUAUUAAGCGGUUGCAAGGAAAGGUGCUGUUCACCUCCUGUGCAAGGAUAACCAAAAUCCGAGAUGUCAAAUCUGCAGAGAGACUCUUCUUGUUGUUGAAGCAAAGCUCACCUGUGUCGCUGCCUUCUAUCAUUAGCCCAGUAAGGGCAGCCUCUGUGCUGCAGUCCACACUGAUGAGCGACCUGAAACAGUGGACUGAUGCUGCAAUGACAUGGAAGCGCCUGCAGGGGGAGCUAACAGCUAACACAGAAGAGCUAGGAGUCCCAAAAAGGGAGGAGGUUAGGAGUGGCGAGGAUGAGGAGUUGAGAAGAAGUGACCACAGGGAGGAGGAGGAGGUUAGGAGUGAACAAAAUGGAGAACAGACACUGGAAACAAGGGGAGAGAUGUUGCACAGCAGAAAAACUUGCAGAGACGACAUUCAGAUGAUGAAGAAAAGGAGAAAGAUGGACUUUAAAGAUGAGCCAUGUGCUGAUGACAGUGGGAAAAGCAACGAGGAAGACUGCUUUCAACACAUUAAAGAUAAGACAGCAAUAGAGGUCCCAUUCUCCUUUCGGAUCAGCUGCAAGUGUUCCGGAUCUCUGUCACGCAUCCUCAGCAUGCAGGAGAUAAGCAAAGUGAUGGGAGUGAGUGUCAAUCGACAGUUAGGCUGGAAGGCUGACUUGAGGAACCCUCAGCUGGAGAUUAGCAUGUACUUGACUGAUGACCACUGUCUGCUUGGCAUUCCACUAACCAGGUUACCUUUAGCUAAUCGGAGCUACAUCAAAACGACAGGACUGAGGCCCACAGUUGCCUGGGCGAUGGCCGAACUGGCAGAGAUCCAACCAGGUUUCCGUGUCCUGGAUCCUAUGUGUGGAGUCGGAACCAUCUUAAUAGAGGCAGCCCAGGAACACAAGCUUUCCUGUUUCCUGGGUUUGGAUAUUGAUGACGGACAGCUGAAUAAGGCCAGGGACAAUGUCUCAUUUGCACAGCUGGGAGACAGGAUGCACUUGCUAAAGGCUUCAUCUACUGAUAUUGCUUUGCCGAGUGCGAGUGUGGACGCAGUGGUCUGUGAUCUCCCAUUUGGGAGAAAGUUUGGCACCAAAGCCAACAUGGCCGCCAGCCUGCCCAUUAUCCUCAAAGAGAUGGAGAGAGUCCUCCGUGUUGGUGGAACCCUGGUGCUCCUUCUCAGUCCCCAGCUGUCCUGUGUCCUGAAAAAACUCCUAACACACAAACACCCUGGAGGACCCUCAUCGUCUAACCAGGAGGAAGACCCUCAACCUGGAAUAGAAGACUGCUCUGUUCUCUCAAAACAUCAAGAAACCCACAGGGCUUCUACUCAGGGAAGAGAACCUCCAACUGGGCUACAGACCAGUCCACCUGCCCCUCUGUCCUCUCUGAAGCACCAGACCACUCUGAGACUCAGCUUAGGUGCCAUUGACGGACUUUUGCAUAAAUAUAUAAAAAUUGACACUGAGGGAAUCAGAAAUUUGACAAAUUGUUGACAUGUUAACGCAAUAAAUACUUUUUUUUUUAAACA